UUCACAUUCCAUUAUCAUUGCGAAGAGUGACUUCGAAAACGAGGCUAGCGUUGUUCCGCACAACAAUCGCAAACCUUAGAUACGGCCAAACACUGUGUUUGUCAAUAUUUCCUGAUAUUAUUUGCUAAUCUGUUGAAAAAUUUUCGGUAGCAAUAUGGCUGAGAAUACUGAGAAACCGGUAGCUAAUAUUCAGGUGAAGAAGAAGAAAUCGCUGGGGAGACAAUGCGCUGCUCUUUGUUGUUAUAAUUUUUCCUAUAACACAGAUGGUUCACCCAGUGGCCUACAUUUUUUUAAGUUUCCGCAGAAGAAUCCAGAGAAGAGAGUUUGGUGUAACUUGAUCAAAAGAGUUGAUGGUUUGGAUGGUUUUAAAGUUACUGCAAGUACAGUGUUAUGCCAAGAACAUUUCAAAGAUGAAGAUUCAAAGCGAAACCCUCAGCGAUGGAAGUUACAUCAUGGCGCAGUUCCUUCGUUGAAGCUUUAUAACAGUGAUGCGAGGACCAGCAAAAUCUCCCGUAAGGCACCAAAGGAUCGCAGCCACUAUUAUGAAAUCCCACAACCGCAGCCUUCUUCUUCCGCUACAUCUGAACUUGAUGAUUGUUCUGAUUCCAUUCAAGAAGAUGUUUCUAAUUACCGAAACAGUUCUACGCAAACAAGUUUUUCUUUUGUCCCUUAGGAUAAGGUCUGCCUUCACACCAGAUGUCUUCUCCUUGUAGCACACCAAGAUCUUUUUCAACUGCUCAACGUUCAACUUCUUUAAAUCUUCAAGGGAAUCGACAGUUUUUCCGCCAGGCAACAAGGUCUUGAAUUGUUCCAUAAUUAUUAUAGAGUAAUACACGUAAUACGAAUAGCCGGCUAACAAGUUGUUUUGGUGUGUCGGCAAGGAGCUAGCGUUGUGCGGAACAACGUUAGCCUCUUUUCCGAAUCAUGUCUCGCAAUGACAAUCGAAUGUGAAAGGGGUCUAUUGAUUUUCAGCAAAUAGAGAUAUAUCAUGUUGGAUCUUGAAGCAAACUGGCCUGAUCGGUUGCCACCUGCCAGCGGCCACAUCCGGUUUAAGUGCGCUCAUGCCAAAUCGAUUGUCACACAGUAUAAAUCGAGGAAAGUACGGAGAAUCCUUUCAAUCAAACUUAUUGUCGUACCGAUAGUCAGUGUUAUGUAAGGUGGGAUAUCUUUAUCGGCAAUAUUACACAAACUAGAAAUUUAAUUGAAAUGAUAAAAAAGAGAUUAGAAGUAAAGAUAUCUCGAACGAAGUAGUAGUAUUGUGCAAAAGUGCAAAAGCUUUGUUUAACAAGAAAAUAUACUUUGAGUUGCCUAUUGCGGUGUUUUCGUUUUUCGCAUCGUAGUCUCGGACGGGUGCAACUAAAAGGUGAAGAAAAUCAUCAGAACAAGAUAGGCACAUACUUAUCGGAAAGAGGAAGGAUAUCAAAGACAAGGAUGGUACGAGAAAAUGGAACAGCACACCUUUGUCUGUCGCUGGCCCCAAACAACUUGGGGGAACAGAGCGCAAUAAUUACAGGAGCCAUUAUUAUUUUAUUUGCCUUUUUCAAUAUCCUGUCAAACUCCCUUUUGAUUUUUGCAUUGUACAAAUCGAAGCAGCUACGGACAUUUUCAAAUAAAUUCAUUCUCAUAAUGACAGUGUCGGAUUUGUGCUUGGGAGUUUUUACACAGCCUGUUACGGCGGCAAUCUGGAUAUCAAGUAGACAAAGAAACUGCCUUGAGCUCAAAUCUGUUGAAUUUAUGGUGAUUUUUUUGGGAUAUAUUUCGGCCUUAAUGAUACUUUUGAUCUCGGUUGAUCGGUACCUUCAUGUUACAAAACCAGCCCGCUAUCGGAUGUUGGUGAAUGCAUUUCGAAUGAAGUUGUCUGUAGUUCUUUCAGCAGUGCUUGCAUUUUGCUUUGCCUUAAUCUUUGUAAUCAAUACCUCUUUCUACCAACACACUUUUCUUACUAUUGUUAACAAUUUUAUGAUGCUUUGUUUUGCAAUAUUAAAUACCAAGACCCUUAAAAGCCUGGAAAGGCACGAGAAAAACACAGUCUUACGGUUAAAGCAGGAUAAAAGCGGUCAAGAAGCCUCAUGCCAUCAUAAAACAGCUCAGCUAACUGCAAUUAAGACAAUUCGAUGGGUUAUGGCAGCAUUUUUCAUCUUUUAUCUUCCAUAUAACAUUGUUUCAAUCGUUUGGACUUACUUCAGAUUCCAAUUGAAAGUCGAACCUGGGAUGACAUUAAACGCCUUGUACCAAUGGACAUACUUAAUCUUGUUUAGCGGGACUUUCAUCAACUCUUGGAUCAUAAUACGGGGUAAUACAAAGUGCAGGAGAGUCAUUUUAUCGAUCCUCCAAAAUAAAAGCGUUGGUUUUGAAUGAAAGGGAGAAUGCGAAAAGAUUGGCAUUUCCAAAAUAUCAUCAAAUCCCCAGUGGAACUGAAAAGACAAGCAGGAUAUGUGGUAUCAAAAAAGGAGACAGAGAUGAUUUAUAAACAAUGCAUUAUUUAAAGUAUUGUUGAUAUUAUUCGUUGCUUAAUGUAUAUUGAGUAGUUAUACCUUCUUGCAACUAAUUAUCGUUUUGAAAGCAUCAUCUAGUGUUGUAUUGUCUUAAUCGUCUCUUUUGAUAUUUUGAAUGAACUUUUAAAUGUUUAAUGACCUCUUGUAUGACAAGUUGUU